UAAAGAGAGAGCGAGGGAGAGAGAGGGAUCAGGAGAGAGGAGGCUACUUCCUCGGGGCAGAUCGUCUGGACCGCCGGUUGGACUGAGAGCAGGAGACGGCACGCUGGAUUACUGGACGAUGGGAGCGAGAGAGCAGAGAGUGCAGCGGCAGUGACAGCAUCACUCAUAUCUCCAGGUAGAAGCCCCGCCUCCACGCUUUUACCCGCGGCUCUCUCCCUGCAGCCAGGAUGUCGGGUAUGGAGUUCCUGCUGGGGAACAGCAGCGAAACAGCACUCAUCCCCGCGGCCGGCCUCAACGGGACGUUCCCCCGCGUCUCCCACCCCACCGGCGCUUCCGCAGCCGCGGCAUCAGUGGCAGAGGCGGCAGCUGCCGCGGCAGACCUGCCGAGGCGCCCCGCGGGCAGCGACGUCUACGUGUACGUGUGGAUCUUUCUCAGCCUGCUGGCGUUCCUGCUCACCCUGCUCGUUAUCUCCCUCCACCGGCUGAAGAACAUCAUCACGUCCUCGUCUUCCCUGCCCGACUGCAGCAGUGCCGGGGGCGGUAGCAGCGGCAGCGACCGGACGAGCUCCUUCACCAACAUGGAGAUCUGUAGCAUCUCGUCCCAGAAGUCCACCGUCUCCACCCUGUCUAACUGACGGGUGUGGUGGAUGCGGGACAGACAAGCGGGACACGUGUACAGUGACGCGCGGUCAUGUAUGGAAACAAGCAGAAAGACGAUAGGCCUCAUUGAAGACUGAGAAAAGUUGAGCCUAAUGUUAAAGGUAGCCUAUAUGCUCUCUAGGCCUAUGAAAACACACACACACACACACACACACACACACACACACACACACACACACACACACACACACACACACACACACACACACACACACACACACACACACACACUUUUCUGAAUCAAACCAUUUUUUCAGAUUUCUGUUUUAGUGCAUGAUAUUCAGAUCCCAAUUAUGUUAUUUGAGGCGUGGCCAUGCAAUCUGAAGUGUUUUUAUUCAAUGAUUUAUCUUUAUAAACUUGGUCCAGGCUCAUUGGGAUAUGGGACGGUUAUAAUAUGGAUAAUAAUUUCUUUCUAUUUCAAAACCAUCACUUGUAUACCUGUAUAGUGUCCUAACUCAACACAGAUCCAUUUUGCUUUCCCAUGUGCAAUUUGUUAGGCCUAGUAGUUGUAAAUAAAAAUAUAUUAUUCCAAAACGUAACGAGACACAUUGGUUUCAGACGAUUCAAUAGGAUUCACACACACACACACACACACACACACACACACACACACACACACACACACACACACACACACACACACACACACACACACACACACACACACACACAGCCUACUGUUUCAACAAAUGCUUAUCCAAUUCAUAUCAAAGAUGGUGUUUUGUGUUUCGUGAUGACACUGUCGUGUAUCCCAUUGGGACUAUGUUGUUAACACAUUGUGCCAAGCGGUAGCUGUUAUCUUACUAAAAACCAGAGCAGGGAGUCAUGAUGCAAGGAGGACGAGUGAUGAGUCCUCAGCUCACACUAGUGUCUGACAGGCUGUCUGCGUCUCCUGAUAAAAGCUCAGAGGUUCAGAUCAGAUGUUGAGUGACAGGCCGGACUGCGGAACAGAUUACACUCCCCUGCCUGUCAUCUCACCAACAAAUCCAGCCCAAAUCCAUGGGAAAGAGCAUGAAGGAACAGUAGGGAGUCAUGUAGGUCAACUCGAACUGAUGGCUACUCAAAAAAGAGGCAGCAUAUCCGAGGAGAAAGCCAAGGGGGAUUGAAUCAUUUAAAACAAGAAACAGAACCUUGUCAACAGUCUCUUCGCCUUUAAAUGGCAUGAAAUGAGGUUGGACAAGUAAACCAUAUGAAGAACGCCAGAGUGAUACAAACAGCAGGCAGACAGAACCUGGUGACAGGAAAUUGGACACAGAGACAGGAAGUGAAGCAAUCAUUUCCUUAUAAUUUCCUUAUCGUAGCUUUCAGCUUUCCAAUAUCUAUUAACUGUGGAAGGUAGAGAUGGAACCAAAUGAUAAUGAAGACGUACUCUCUCCUACCUGCUCAUGUGGUUUUACAGCCACAGUCAAGACCUUAAAUGUAUUUUUUGAACAUUCCGACGCAAGUAACUACGCUAAUAUGCGCACACUGGAGCACAUGUUUGAGUUUGCUGCCCCCUACAGGUGAACACAAUCCAUCACCCAUUGUACAAGUGGAUGUACCGUCCACACAACUCAGUGGCUUAUUUUAAAUCAAUGUAUAUACUGUGCAACCAGUGAAUAAAUGCGUCAAAGGAGAAGAUUGAUCUGCUCUACAUCAGGCGGGAAUGUGGAAGCUUUUGAAUUAAGGUUGAAUUAAUACCAGUAGCCCAGUG